AUGGCCGCGCUAGGGGGACCGCACCGCCACCACCUGCGACAGAGACGGUCGUUUCGUGAGAGGAAGGACGUCCUGAAUAAGCUAGAUGACCAUGAGCUGGUGAAGAGGUAUUGGCAGGAUCCUGCUGGUAUAAUUUUCGUGACAAAUUUGGUGCGGGAAAGGCUGAAGAGACCAACUGCAAGGAACAAGGCCUCUCUCCCCGAGAUGCAAGUUAUCUUCACUGCGUGGAGGAAGGAGGAGUUUCUGCAGAUUGCUGGCUUCCCUGAAGUGAUCGGUGGCAUUGAUGGAACGCACGUAAUGAUUGUCGCUCCUAGAGAGUAUAAGGUAGAGUUUGUCAACAGGAAGAGAUACUACAUCAUCAACGUGCAGUUUGUGUUUGAUGCUUGA